AUGAGGCUGCUAACUCUUAUUUUCAUGGCUUUUUGGCGCACUAAUCUUGCCCUCGAAAUACAACCCAAAGUUUUCAGUGAAACUAUGCAAGGAAAUUCCGUGCCUAUAUUUGACGACAGUUUUGGAAUGAAUUGUGAUUCUCCCUCAACCUACGGAAGAAAACACAUCCGGCUUAUGGCUAAUCUGGCAAGAAAGAAUAGAGGAGAAUACCCAUGUCAUAUAGUACCUCUUUGGAAUCCCAAGUAUCCCACGCUCACCUUUUACACCUAUCCCCUAGGAAGGCGUAUGUUGAUGGCAGAUGGUCACAAAGUUACUGAUUACCUCAUUUUAAAUUCUGAAUGGUUUGCUGUGGAUGGAGUGAUGCAUAUUGUUGGCAAUCAGGUUGAUACGAUUAAAUUUUGUUCAUUUUUACCCGGUACUUCAUUUCUCAAUCCUGACAAAUCCAUAACUACGAUUUCUAAGGAUGAAGCCAUUGCAGACCCCAAGGUCGACACGAUAGGACCUCCAAAAUUAACAGAGGCACAGUCAACGAAUAAGCAAUCCGAGAAGACAUGGAAUCCUUUCACAGGCUUAAGGUAUCCGAUUAUUAAAGACGCUCUGAGAUCCAAUGGUCUUUACGGUUGA